AUGGGCGUACAGCACGCAGACCCCGCGGGGGUCGCUAACCUAGGAAUCAAUGCAAGACUCCUGAUAAAACGAAGCUUCAAAGGCCACGAUCCGAAGUAUGGCAACGGGUCGAUGAGCUGUGCUACCUAUGACACAGCUUGGGUGUCACUGGUCACAAAGACCGUCGGAGGGCAGAAACAUUGGCUGUUCCCUGAAUGCUUCCGCUCCCUCCUUCUCACCCAGUCCGACGAUGGCGGCUGGCGGAGAGAAACAAAUUCUCAGGUUGACAGCAUUGUGAAUACAGCAGCGGCACUGCUUUCCCUCAAAAGACAUGCUGUAGAACCCCUGCAGCUCCGGGAGGAAGUACAUCCAGACGACCUCGAAAGGCGAAUUGACCGAGCAGCCAUAUUGCUGCGCUCGCAGCUCGAGGAAUGGCGUGUAUCAGAAACGAUGCACGUCGGGUUCGAAAUCAUUGUCCCAAAGCUCCUGACGUUGUUGGAGGAGGCAGAUGCGAAACUCAGCUUUUGCUUCGAGGGCAGAGAUGAGCUGGUGAAGAUUAAUGCCGCUAAGUUAGCCCGGUUCAAACCCGAGGCCUUGUAUGGCACAGUAAAGAUGACACCGCUGCACUCGCUCGAAGCAUUCGUUGGCGAAAUCGAUUUUGACAAGGUCGCCCAUCAUAAAGUGGUUGGCUCCAUGAUGGGCUCGCCUUCCUCCACCGCCGCAUACCUGAUGAACUCGACCAAUUGGGACGACGAAGCCGAGAGCUAUCUUCGCCAUGUCAUCCAUUCCGCGGCAGGGAAGGGGAGUGGCGCGGUCCCUAGCGCCUUUCCCUCGACCUACUUUGAAUAUACCUGGAUAUUGUCAACCUUGCUCGAAGCCGGGUUUUCCGCUUCAGAUCUGAGAUGCCCAGAGCUGGAGCAGAUUUACGAGAUACUUACCCGUGCAUUCAGUAACGGAGAUGGGACAAUUGGUUACGCUCCCGAUUUUCAGUCUGAUAUGGAUGACACAGCUAGAGGCAUGAUUGCCCUGAAUCUACUCGGCGGUGCAGUACGGCCUGAACCAAUGAUCAAGGCAUUUGAGGCAGCCACUCACUUCCGGACCUACCAAUGCGAAAGAAACCCCAGUUUCAGCGCCAACUGCAAUGCCCUGCUUACCAUUCUCCAUCAGCCUGAUAUUUCCCUCUAUACCCCACAGAUUCUAAAGGUGGUGAACUUCUUAUGCGACUCCUGGUGGAGUACUGACGGGGCAAUCGCGGAUAAAUGGAGCCUGAGCCCUCUAUAUCCGUCUGUUUUGCUCGUCAAGUCUUUAGUUAGACUAUUAGCUCUAGCGGAACGAGAAGACAGUUCUCCUGAGCAGUUACUUGGACGAGACCUAGCAUCAAGGGCUGCCAUCACACUCUUCCAGGCCUGUUUGAGGGCAAUGCUCAAUCAGCAUGAGGACGGAUCGUGGAAUGGCUCAACCGAACAGACAGCCUAUGGAGUCCUCAUACUAACCGAGGCGAGGACAGGGAGACUAAGAAGUUCCGGGCGCGGCGUGAGCUUCUUGCAUGCCAACCGUGGAAGCCAGGUCGGAAAUUUCAUCUGGAUCGAGAAGGUCACUUACGCCUCUCCCCUACUGGCUGAAGCGUAUGAACUGGCAGCGAUCAAAGCAGCUACUUCGUUGCCCUCCAGUACCUCAUCUGUUGGGGGCAGUCUCUGGUGCGUUUCAACGGCAAAUACAACCAAACUUGUAAAGCUGUUCCAGCAGACACCCCUUUUUACCUCCCUUCCAGAAUGGCAGAUCCGCGCCUCGAUGACUGAGGCAAGGCUUUUCCAGCCUUUACUCCAAGCACGCAGGUUAGAGGUAUUUCCCCGCAAGGACAUGGAAAAGGACAAGUAUUUCGAAAUAAUCCCUUUUACCUGGACAGCUUGUAACAAUCGUAAUCGUGCAUUCGCCUCUACUUCAUUCCUGUAUGAUAUGAUGAUCAUUUCAUUCUUGAACUACCAGGCCGACGAAUUUCUCGAAGCGGUGGCAGGCCCUCAUUAUACCGGCCGUACUCCCGAGCUCCGUCGAGUGAUUGAUACCCUAUUUGACGGCAAGAGUUCCGACAGUGAAUUGUUGCGGGGCGUUAAACGGCCAUACCCGGAAGAAGACGAAGAGCACAGUAAUGGUAACAAUGGUAAACAACAGAACAAUCGUGAGGUUGUUUUGCCGCUGACCAAGUUCACGACAUUCGUCCUUAACCACCCGUCAGUCAAGUCGGCCAGCGCCUGGGACCGCAACGGGCUGCGUCGGCGCCUGAAGGAAUUCCUCUUGGCCCACGUAACGCAGAUAGAAGACAACGCCAGAUUCCAGCUCGAGCACCCCUCUAGCGGAGGGGUUUAUAGCACGGCCACAGACAGUUUUUCCCACUGGGUACGCACCACCUCAGCAGAACAUACUUCAUGCCCGUAUUCUUUUCAGUUUGUGAGCUGCCUGUUGGGCGCUUCGCUCGGGCAGGGGAAAGAUUGCUUUGGAACUGCGGAAGAGAAGUACAUGGCCGCAUCCGUCUGCAAGCACCUGUCUACCAUGUGUCGCAUGUACAACGAUUACGGGUCCGUAGCCCGUGACAAGGCAGAGGGAAACGUCAACUCGGUCAACUUUCCGGAAUUGCAGAUGUUAGCGGGAUCGACGGGCCCGGCCACGAUGGAGGAAAAGAAAAAGGCCCUGUUCAGGCUGGCGGAGUACGAGCGCAGUUGUCUGGAUGAUGCUUUCAAAAGGCUCCAGGAGGAAGGGCAGCGAGCAACUAGCCAUAUGGCGCGGAAGCUUCAUGAGCGGAAGAUGGGGGUAUGGCGUAUGUUUUGUGAUGUGACUGAUUUAUACGGCCAGAUAUAUGUGGUGCGUGAUAUUGCGAGUCGAAUGAAGGUUCCGGAGGUAAACGGAAAGAAGUGA